AUGGCUGGAAAGAGUGAAAGCCACGGCGAGCUGGUCAAGUCAGAAAUUUCGGUGAUGCCGUUUGAGCAGACCACACUCGUUGCAGGCAGCCAGAUGCGCAACAUGGCCACGAUGCUGGACAUGGAGCGUGAGAUCAACAGCCAACGGGAACAGCUUAUCCGCGUCACAUACACUAUGGACCGCCAGGUUGCCCGCCUCAGCCGCGAGAUCGAGCUGCUCCAAGAGCGCCAGGCGUCGAACCCUGAAGCCAACUGGCGAGUUCGGGAGGACAUCGAGGCACUUAGCCGGAGACUGGACGCCCUGGAGGCCUUCUGCCGCUCAGAGGCCGAGGCGAAGGCCGAGGCCAAAGCCGAG